AUGAGCUUGAAUAUUCAAAAAAUUCCAGUAUUCGUAUUUCCAAAUGCUUUGAAGUUUUAUUUAGCUACUAAAUCAUCACACAAACAAUUGUUGACUCUUUAUAAUCCCUACGAUUUUCCUGUUAGAUUUAAAGUGCUAUCUACUGCUCCGAAUAAGUACGCAGUGAUAGAUCCUGAAGGCAGUAUAGGACCUCAUAUGUUAGUUGAUAUUGUUAUAAGACACACUAGCCCUGUAAGUAAUAAUUGCAAUGUGGUCGACAAAUUUCGAAUAUCUAUGCAGGAUCAUGCAACCAAACAGCUUCUUGGAAAACGUGACAUAGAGGCUAUGUUAAUUCCUGGAGAAAAAGACAAUAUUUCAAAUGACGGAGAUUUUCAGAACUUGCCUCCGCAUUUAGAUAGGGCAAGUUUGACUGAUGAACAAAGAGUAUAUGUAACAAAUAGGUCACUGCCAGCUGUUCAGUCUACGAACUACGUAUUAGCAAUUAUAAUAGGUCUAGUGUGUGUGAUAACGUUGCUUUUACCGACGCAAGAAGAGAUACCCAAGCCUUCUAGUAUUCCAGCAAAUUUACACAUCAGUAUAAACUUCAAGUUGGUGUUGGCUUACGUAUUGGGACUGGUGACGAUGGUCAUCUUUCAUCCCUAA